GGUCAAGUCCGCGCUUGUUUUGCAGCUGUUAGUCUUAUGUGAAUCAAUCUCUAUCUGCCAAUUGGGUUUCGAGGUUCGUGUUAUACCUAAUCUUAGCCUUCGAAGUUCGAACGGACGGAAAACAAUUUCCCGGUGAGCAGUAUAUCUGCCCGAAGGCCGAAGCGAAGGAGAACUGCGAAUCAUUCGUAAUCCAAAGCACUCAAAGGUAAAGUCAAGAUGGUCUCAGGUGAGCUCAAACAUCGCCACGAAAAUGGUGAUACAUCUCCUAUUCUUCAACCCUCGCCUCCAGAUGUCGUUUCAUCCAAACACGUGUCGCACAACAAAAAUAUAAACCUGUCCGGAGUCCCAUUUAUCCCCAAAAGUAUCUCAUCAACGAUCAUGAUCCUUGGUCCUCCUUUGUUUUCCUGGAUUUAUUGGUAUGCGUGCAACUCCCACGGAGGGUCGCUGAUGGCGGCUGGUUCCGAAAUCGGUGCGGCGAUUUCCGAAGAGGGGAUUGGCAAUUUUUGGAGAAUUGUCUAUAGCAGAUUACCAUCAGUUACCGUAACCGGGGUCAAAGUAUACAGCAUAUGGUUCGUAUUGCAAGCUUUGCUCUACGCGUUUUUACCAGGUCCUAUUGGCAAAGGCCAACCAACGCCAGCGGGCCACGAACUUCCAUACAUUUGUAACGGUUUGAGAGCCUGGGUGCUAACGCACAUACUAGCUAUCCUGUUGGUCAAAUAUGAUGUCAUCCGUCCAACGAUAAUCGCGGACAAUUGGGGUACGAUUUUUGUGGUUGUAAAUUUGGCGGGCUUCGCGUUCACCAUUCUGGUCUACAUCAAAGCACAUAUUUGGCCAACGCAUUCUGAAGACCGCUGCUUCAGCGGUUCGCUGCCGUAUGAUCUAUUUAUGGGUAUCGAGCACAACCCGCGAAUAGGUAAAAUGUUUGACCUGAAGUUAUUUUUCAACGGCCGCCCUGGAAUUCUCGCAUGGACUCUCAUAAACUUGUCAUUUGCUGCGAAGCAAUACGAGACACACGGAUUCGUGAGCAAUUCUAUGAUCUUACUGAACAUCCUUCAUGCGAUUUACGUGCUAGACUUCUUUUACAAUGAAGACUGGUAUUUGCGUACAAUGGACAUCGCUCAUGACCAUUUCGGCUUUUAUCUGGCUUGGGGUGAUCUGGUCUGGCUACCGUUCAUGUACACAAUACAAUCGUUCUACCUGUGCAAAAACCCGGUUCAACUCCCGUAUUGGGCUGUCCUGGCCAUCUGCAUCCUAAGCCUUGCCGGCUACGCCAUAUUCCGUUCUGUUAAUCAUCAAAAAAACAUCUUCCGAAUGGCGCUAAAGGAAAAACGGUCACUGAUGAUCUGGGGACGACCAGCCGAGUAUAUUCCUGCAAAGUUUAUAACAACCUUCGGUGUGGAAAAGGAGUCUCCACUUUUGUGUUCUGGUUGGUGGGGAGUGUCUCGCCAUUUCAAUUAUGUCGGCGACCUAAUGGGGUCACUAUCUUAUUGUCUAGCUUGUGGCUUCGCUCAUUUUUUGCCAUAUUUUUACAUCUGUUUUAUGGCAAUUUUGCUGGUCCAUCGUACCUAUCGCGAUGACAUCCGUUGUCGGCAGAAGUAUGGGAAAUAUUGGGAUGAAUAUUGUCGUCGGGUUCCGUAUAAGAUUUUCCCGUAUGUGUUUUGAGACGGUAUGAUGACGAUUGACGAAAUCUUUCUGAUACUGAUUGUACAUUGGUUUUUGGGAUAUCGUGAAGACUGUGGAUUAUUUAUACCGUGAAAAUUGAAAUUUCGAAUUAAAAAAUAUAAUUGGCUAAAUGGGUAAUAAAUUGAAGCAUUAAACUAAUACCUGGUAAUCCG